AUGGCUCCUAUCCGAGUAGGAAUCGUGGGUUUAUCGAGCAAGCCUGGUGCAUGGGCAACUCUGGCCCACCUGCCUCGACUGGCCAACUCCCCAAACUACAAGAUUGUGGCGCUGAGUAACUCGACCUUGGAAUCCACAAAGGCCGCCAUCAAAGCACACAACCUCCCCGAAUCCACAAAGGCAUACGCCUCCUAUGACCAGCUCGCUGCCGACCCCGACAUCGACUUAUACGUGGUGUCAACUCGAGCCGACACUCAUUACGAUGUCGCCAUGCCAGCCCUAAAAGCCGGACGUAAUGUAUAUGUGGAAUGGCCACUAGCUGCAACAACAGAGCAAGCAAAAGAAAUGGCCGAGCUCGCUCGAGAGAAGAAUCUCAAGACCAUUAUCGGCCUCCAAGGUCGCAUGGCACCCAGCGUCAAGAAGGUAAAGGAGCUCAUCGACACAGGGGCCCUAGGAGAAAUCCACAGCGUGAACUACCAAGGGGCGAUUCACGUAUGGCAAAACAACGCAGCGAGCGACAGGUACCAGUAUUUUAUGGAUCGCAGAAUCGGUGGGAACCUGUUGACCAUAUAUGGCGGCCACGUCCUCGACUCCGUCCUGUAUGCGGUGGGAGAGCUGAAACCAGGCAGCUACACGCCCAUGGCGGUCAACCUGCGGCCGAAAAUGCACAUCAUGAAAUCUGACGGAUCCUUGUCGGAAGAAUUGUACGACAAGGACACGCCCGACCAGAUCCUGCUGCAAGGGCGCCUGGACCGACAUCCAUCUGCGGUGUUCAGUUUCCACCUGAGAGCCGGAGACAGAUUCAUCGGCCAGCCAGGGUCAACGUGGAGGAUAUAUGGCACCAAGGGCGAACUGGCAGUCGAAUUUGCGAGUGCCGGACCGCAGAUGGCCAAGGCAACUAGUAUGCGCUUCUCCAACGCGGAGAAAGGCGUCGUCGAGGAUAUCGCCGUUGACGAGGGUGGCCAGGAAUGGACCGACUUACCAAGUCAAGGUCAGAAUAUUGGUCGGCUGUAUGAGGCGUAUGCGGCAGGAGAGUCCUACGGCGACUUUGAUCUGGCUGUCAAGAGGCACGAGCUCAUUGACGAGUUCUGGGCAUCGUUGCAGGAGUGA